GAGGCUUAGCCUGGGCUGCAGCGCCGCGGCAACAUCACUCUCGCCGCCGCUGCUCCGCCCCAUCCCCUUCUGUUUUUCUCUCUCAUUCUCCGGUGGCGGCGGCGGUGAAGGCGGAGGCAGAGGCGGCAGCAGCAGCGUUGGCUGCAAUGAAUGAUCCCCCAGCUUGGGGGGAGGACUCCAGGUGAGCCUCUGCCCUCGGGAGGGCCGGGACCCCUGGCCGCCCAGCAUCUGCUGUCACCGCUAUGGAUCCCUAGAAGAAGGAGGAGGAGAAGACAUCUCUGCUUCCCACCCCCAUCCCAUUUUUCUCUUCCUUUAUCUCAUUGUUGCUGUCGCUGUUUACGGCAGCGCUCCCUCUGCCUCAGCAUGGGACGGGUUCUGGGCGCUGCCGUUCGGCCGGCAGUGCACCCGCUGUUCCCGCGGCUGCCCGGGGAUUCUGCUUAAUUCUACCUCCUCAGCCGGUGCAGCAAGGACUGAAGAGCAGUGGAGGCCCGGAUUGCAGCAGCGGCGGGGCCACCUCCCAGCAUCCCCACCCUAGGAGGCUGCAUGCGGAUUGAAGAGGGGCGCUUGGGGGCUGGGCCGGCCCCGCGGAUCCAGACCUAGCGAGGACAGAAAGACCGCCCAGGCGGGGAAGGGGAGCGGGGCAGGAAGGGCCGAGCGACAAGAUGGCCAGUAAAACCAAGGCCAGCGAGGCCCUCAAGGUGGUGGCCCGGUGCCGCCCCCUCAGCCGGAAAGAGGAGGCUGCUGGUCACGAGCAGAUCCUGACCAUGGAUGUGAAGCUGGGCCAGGUGACCCUGCGCAACCCCCGUGCAGCCCCGGGAGAGCUGCCCAAGACCUUCACAUUUGACGCCGUGUAUGACCCCAGCUCUAAGCAGGCAGACCUCUAUGAUGAAACUGUGAGGCCCCUGGUAGACUCGGUGCUUCAGGGUUUCAAUGGCACGGUGUUUGCUUAUGGCCAGACAGGCACUGGUAAGACCUACACCAUGCAGGGUACCUGGGUGGAGCCGGAACUCCGUGGGGUCAUCCCCAACGCCUUUGAACACAUCUUCACCCACAUCUCCCGCUCCCAGAACCAGCAGUAUCUGGUCCGGGCCUCCUAUCUGGAGAUCUAUCAGGAGGAGAUUCGAGACCUGCUCUCCAAGGAGCCAGGCAAGAGGCUAGAGCUGAAGGAGAACCCCGAGACGGGUGUCUACAUCAAGGACCUCUCCUCCUUUGUCACCAAGAAUGUCAAGGAGAUUGAGCAUGUGAUGAACCUGGGGAACCAGACCCGAGCAGUGGGCAGCACACACAUGAAUGAGGUCAGCUCCCGCUCCCAUGCCAUCUUUGUCAUCACGGUGGAGUGCAGUGAACGUGGCUCUGAUGGCCAGGACCACAUCCGUGUGGGCAAGCUCAACCUGGUGGACCUGGCUGGCAGUGAGAGGCAGAACAAGGCAGGCCCCAAUACAACAGGAGGGACAACCACACAGUCCUCAGGUGGCGGUGGUGGAGGUGGUGGUGGUGGUGGUGGAGAGAGGCCUAAAGAAGCCUCCAAGAUCAACCUCUCACUGUCUGCCUUAGGCAAUGUGAUCGCCGCUCUGGCAGGCAACAGGAGCACACAUAUCCCCUACCGGGACUCCAAGCUCACCCGACUGCUCCAGGAUUCUCUGGGGGGAAAUGCCAAGACCAUCAUGGUGGCCACGCUAGGGCCAGCUUCUCACAGCUAUGAUGAGAGCCUCUCUACCCUGCGCUUUGCCAACCGAGCCAAGAACAUCAAGAACAAGCCUCGGGUGAAUGAAGACCCCAAGGACACGCUGCUGCGGGAAUUCCAGGAGGAGAUUGCCCGCCUGAAGGCCCAGCUGGAGAAGAAGGGGAUGCUGGGGAAGCGGCCCCGGAGGAAGAGCAGCCGCAAGAAGAAGGCCGUGUCAGCCCCAGCGGGGUACCCUGAAGGGCCAGUGAUCGAGGCCUGGGUGGCCGAAGAGGAGGAUGACAACAACAACAACCACCGCCCACCCCAGCCCAUCUUGGAGUCAGCCUUGGAGAAGAACAUGGAGAAUUACCUGCAGGAGCAGAAGGAGAGGCUGGAGGAGGAGAAGGCAGCCAUCCAGGACGACCGCAGCCUGGUGAGUGAGGAGAAGCAGAAGCUACUGGAGGAGAAGGAGAAGAUGCUGGAGGACCUGUGGCGGGAACAGCAGGCCACAGAGCUGCUCGCUGCCAAGUACAAGGCCAUGGAGAGCAAGCUGCUCAUCGGGGGCAGGAACAUCAUGGAUCACACCAACGAGCAGCAGAAGAUGCUGGAACUGAAGAGACAGGAGAUUGCCGAGCAGAAACGCCGUGAGCGGGAAAUGCAGCAGGAGAUGAUGCUCCGAGAUGAGGAGACCAUGGAGCUCCGGGGCACCUACACGUCCUUGCAGCAGGAGGUGGAGGUCAAAACCAAGAAACUCAAGAAGCUCUACGCCAAGCUGCAGGCGGUGAAGGCGGAAAUCCAGGACCAGCAUGAUGAGUACAUCCGUGUGCGGCAGGACCUGGAGGAGGCGCAGAAUGAGCAGACCCGGGAACUCAAACUCAAGUACCUAAUCAUUGAGAACUUCAUUCCCCCUGAAGAGAAGAACAAGAUCAUGAACCGGCUUUUCCUGGACUGUGAGGAGGAGCAGUGGAAGUUCCAGCCACUUGUGCCAGCUGGAGUCAAUAACAGCCAAAUGAAGAAGCGGCCAACUUCUGCAGUAGGCUAUAAGAGGCCCAUCAGCCAGUAUGCUCGGGUUGCCAUGGCAAUGGGAUCCCACCUUAGAUACAGGGCUGAAAACAUAAUGUUUUUGGAGUUGGACGUGUCCCCUCCAGCUGUCUUUGAGAUGGAAUUCUCUCAUGACCAAGAACAAGAUCCCCGUGCACUACAUAUGGAGAGGCUCAUGCGGUUGGACAGCUUUCUCGAAAGACCUUCCACCUCUAAAGUCCGAAAAUCCAGAUCCUGGUGUCAGAGUCCUCAGCGGCCUCCGUUGUCCACCACACAUGCCUCGCUGGCCUCCGCUUCUCUGCACCCCACAACAGUGCUAGACCAUGAAUGACAGCCUUCGUGGUCAGGCUGCCCAUCCGACAGACUCUGGGAACAGGGCAGUCAACCCUGGAUCAUCUCAUCUGCCGCUUGGUGUGCGUGCGUGUGUGUGCAUGUGUGUGUGCGUAUGUGUGAAGGGGUGAGAAUCAGGCAGACAGUACCUCUGCCUGCUCUUCUUAGCUUCCUUUAUUUAAUUCAUGUUAUUUAUUCGUGGAGUUCAGUUAGUAUGAGGGAGAUGCCCUCAAUUGAGCUGUCUGGGCCUGCAGUGGUUGCUGCAUAGCCUCCUUUUCUUCUGACUUUGAACUCCCCAGUCAGACCUCAAGCUCUUCCCCAUGUCAGCUGUCCCAGAAGGGAAAGUGGCCAGUGCCUGAGGAGAGAAUACUUUUUCUACCUGUCUUACUCCAUGAUUUCCAUCUCUACUGAUGGUGAGCAGGUCCUAAGCAUUUUGUGGGACUAGAAAAAUACAGAGUGUUCACCAAGGACAAAAAACAUCCCGACAGUGUUGGGCCUGCGCUUCCAGUGGAAAGAACCCUGCUGUCUACUUUCUGAGGCCCAGAUAACCUCUUUCGGCCUCUCAGCUCUGUUUCAAGGACUUACAUGGCCUCACUGGCACAGCUCAUACUCUUCAGCUUUGGCAGAACUCACAGCUUCCCAAACUCUGCUUCCUCCCACCUUUCCAACCCUUGGAUGGGAAUUGCAAACCGACUAGUUGCUGCCUCCUCGGGACCUGCAGAAAUUGGAACAAUAAUUAAGACAAGCUGGAUGAUCAUCAAAGAAAGUCCUCUUUAUGGUCCCUUUGUUUCUGUCCCCUCCAAGGAGUCACUUUGGUCAACAAGAAAUCAAGCUGACUCCCCGUAUUUGAGAUGAUGCUCCUCCCUGCUUUGAUCUUUCUUCUCUGUAGCUGCCUGGUUCCCAGUUCACAGAGAGGGGAUCGGUGUCAGUGUCAUUCUACCCCUGGCUCAAUAAAGAUAUUUAAAUUCAUUGCUUUUCCUCCUCAUUUAGCACAGGAGAAAGAGACCCAGACACAAUCAUUGAUAGCUUUGCCUGUUACCUGUGUUUCUGAAUCAUAAUUUAGGGGAUACCAUUUUGUUGAAAACUGACCAUUUUUUCCAGCAGUUGUGCAGUUUUGGUCCUUAGGGCAGUAGUCCUCACCUCCCUUUGUGACAUCCCAAGAUAUCUUAUCAAAUGAUAAGCAGAUUUCUA